AUGACAUCUCCACAGGACAUCAAAUCAGAUAAGCCGAUUCCCAAACUCACCCCAUUUACAUACGAAAAUGACGUGUACCAAGCCGGUCGCAAAGGCCAGAAGCCCUCCAUAACUUUCAACUGCCACGAUUGGGAAACCCUAGCCAAAGAUCGGCUCUCGGCAGAUUCUUUCGGAUACGUCUGGGGAUCCGCUGGAACUCGUGAUACAGACAACAACAACAAGAAAGCCUUCAAAAAAUGGGGGAUCGUACCUUCGCGCCUGGUCAAGAGCGACUUCCCAGAUCUCAGAACGAAGAUUUUUGGCGAGAUGUACGACUAUCCGAUCGCCAUGGCACCGGUGGGCGUACAGCGGAUUUUCCACCCGGACGGGGAGAGGGCAUCGGCAAAGGCUGCCGAGAAGGAAAAUGUCCCUUAUAUCCUCAGCACCGCAUCAUCCACGAGCAUCGAGGAUGUCGCCAAGGCUAAUGGCAAUGGGCCUCGUUGGUAUCAACUCUACUGGCCUACGAAUGAGAACAAUGAUAUCACAGUGAGCCUGUUGUCACGGGCGAAAGCAGCCGGUUACAAGGUGUUGGUGGUCACCUUGGAUACGUACAUCCUUGGAUGGCGUCCCAGCGAUUUGAACAAUGCAUACAAUCCUUUCAUUCGACCUGACGAUAUCGGUGUAGCACUGGGAUUCACCGACCCUGUAUACCGCCGCAAGUUUGAGGAAGAGCAUGGGAAGCCCAUUGAGGAGGACCUCGAAACUGCCGCCACAGAGUGGGCACAUACCGUAUUCCCCGGUGUGAGCCACGGCUGGGAAGAUAUCAAAUUCCUCCAGGAACAUUGGGAUGGUCCAAUUGUUUUGAAAGGAAUCCAGACAGUGGCGGACGCGAAGAGAGCUGUGGACUAUGGUGUCCAGGGAAUUGUGGUCUCCAACCAUGGUGGACGACAACAGGAUGGAGGUAUUGCAUCUUUGGAUGUUUUGCCUGAGAUUGUGGACGCUGUAGGAGAUGAUUUGGAAAUUAUCUUCGACUCGGGUGUUCGCUGUGGUGCUGAUAUUGUAAAGGCGUUAGCACUUGGAGCGAAAAUGGUCCUGAUUGGUCGUCCAUACGUUUAUGGAUUGGCCAUUCAAGGUGAGGGGGGAGUACGCCAUGUGCUGAAGAGUCUCCUAGGAGAUUUCAAUCUGUCCCUCCAUCUGUCGGGAAUCAGCUCUGUAUCGCCUGAACAUCUCAAUCGAUCGGUAUUGCGUCGGACAGAUAAAUAG